AAAAAGUCACUUGAAAAUGGCUGUACAUUUGCAAAAUCAAAUCAGUUUAGAGACAUCGUUCAUGCGACAAGAUGCUGGAAAAAUUGUUAUGGAUCUGUCGGAAAUUUACCCGCCAAUUCAAAAGCUGGUAAAUCAAAUGGCAUCCGCAAGCAUUAAGGAACAGAGCAUCUCUUAUAGUGUCAUCGCAGAGAAUGAUGUCGACGCUGUUAUCAGAUUACUUAAAGAUACAUUCUUUAAGGACGAGCCAUUGAAUUAUUAUCUUCAGCUUGGAGAUUGUGAGGAUUUAGAAGAAUACUGCAAAAAAAGCAUACCAGAUGCAUGCUCAUACAAGGCAGUUAACUCGAACGGUGAAAUUGUUGGGGUUUAUCUGAAUGGAAUCAUCAGAAAGCCUACGGAAGAUGAUGCAGCCGUUCCAUUAGCGUCAAAAACCAGUCAUGAAAAGUUUAAGAUAAUCAUGCAGUUAAUGGACUAUAUCGACACAAAAUUCAGCAUAUUUGACCUCUAUCCAGAUAUUGACGCAUUCAUUGAUGGCAAAAUUUUAGCUGUUGACCCAAGAUAUCGUGGAAAGAACAUUGCUGGCAGAUUGACAGACUAUUUAAUUGAAUUUAUGAAAAAGAAUAAUUAUAAGAUAUUCCAUGUCCUGUGCACAUCUCAUUUCUCAGCAAGAGUAUGUGAAAAAAUGGACUUUAAAGAAGUUUAUAGACUACCAUAUGAUGAGUAUCUUGUUGACGGCGAACAAGUUUUGUGUCCAGACCAACCUCAUGUUGCAGCAAGAAUUUUCGUCAAGGAAAUUAAUUAAUUCAUUAAUGUCAAUGUUUAAUUUGUUAUUAAAUGGAGGAAAAAGUUCAAAUAAUAUUUAUAGACACAAAAAAAGUCAAUUUUUAUGGUAAAACAGUUUCAUUGGAUGUUAGAAAUGUAGUGAAGAUUAAAUGUUGUUGCAACAGAGACACGGUGUAUCUCAUGUCCUAUAUAAAAUAUGCACAAAUUAUCCAAGUCAGUU